CAAAGUAAUCCGGUUUCUGGAACAUCUGGGCUUCCAGAUAAACAGAACCAAGUCCCGGCUAACACCGGAGUCCGGCUUCCAGUGGUUAGGGAUUCAAUGGGACUUAAACUCCCACACUCUAUCAAUUCCACCGUUGAAGAGAAGAGAAAUAGCCAAAGCAGCCAGACAAUUUCUCAAGUGCAAGCAGACGUCCCGGAGGAACCAAGAAAGAAUCUUAGGUUCUCUCCAAUUUGCUUCGGUAACGGAUGUUCUUCUGAAAGCCAAACUAAAGGACAUAAACCAGGUUUGGCGUUCAAGAGCAAACAACAGAUCCCGGGACAAACUAGCCCCUAUCCCAACGAUCUUACGAAAGAGACUCCGCCCGUGGACAGAGAUCAAGAAUUUGUCAAAGACAAUUCCGCUCCAAUUCCCUCCGCCGGCCUUAGUGAUCCACACAGAUGCAUCACUAAGCGGCUGGGGAGGCUACUCACAAUACAAAAAGGUACAGGGAACCUGGUCCCUACCAUUCCACCAGCUUCAUUUCAAUGUACUGGAAGCUAUGGCAGUGUUCCUCACCCUGGAAAAGCUUCAUCCAGCCAAGAAAUCUCCUAUCAAACUGGUGCUGGACAGUGCAGUAGUAGUUCACUGCAUCAACAGGGGAGGCUCCAAGUCGAGCCACGUGAACCAUGUCAUGAUAGCCUUAUUUUCACUAGCAAACAGGAACAAAUGGCACCUGUCCGCCACUCAUCUAGCGGGCGUAAGAAACGUGGUAGCGGAUGCGCUAUCACGCUAAGUUCCGCUGGAGUCAGAGUGGUCCCUGGACAAGGAGUCAUUCAGUUGGAUCUGACAACUAGUACUGGGGCUUCAGGUAGAUCUCUUCGCCACCGAGUCGAACCACAAACUCCCAUGUUAUGUGGCCCCCAACCUGGACCCUCUGGCCUAUGCCACAGACGCCAUGGCUAUAGACUGGAAUAUGUGGAAGAAGAUUUACCUCUUUCCUCCAGUGAAUCUUCUCUUGAAAGUCCUGAACAAACUCAGGAUGUUCAAAGGCCACAUUGCUCUAAUAGCCCCCAAUUGGCCCAAGAGCAAUUGGUUCCCACUUCUACUGGAAUUGGGACUCCGACCUCAACGGAUUCCCAAUCCCAAACUAUCACAACUAGUGCAAACGCGGACUGUGUUCGCUUCCUCAGGAAUUCAGAAAGCCCUAACUUUAUGGACUUCAUGAAGUUUGCGGCACAAAGAGAUGCUAAUAUCGAUCCCCAGAACAUCUUAUUCUUAGAAUCAGAUAAACGGGAACCGACGUUGCGUCAAUAUGAUUCAGCAGUUAAAAAACUAGCUGUAUUCCUGAGGGAAUACAACUAGUACUAUUACUACUACUAAGUCUGCCCUUAAGAAGAUCUUCCAGUUUGGAUUCAAAAUAGAUCUGACAGAUUCAUAUUUUUCAUCCAUCCCCAAGGCCUCCGCUAGACUCAGACCAUCUGAGAGACCCAAAUCUGUGUCAUGGUUUUUAAAUGAUGUCCUUAAAUUGGCCUCGGACACUAAUAAUGACUCAAGUGACUAUAUAGCUCUCCUGAGGAAAACAUUAUUCCUGUUAAGUCUGGCCUCAGGAGCCAGGAUUUCCGAACUGUCGGCUCUAUCUAGAGAAUCAGAUCAUAGAAAGUUUCUCCCUUCAGGAGAAGUGUUACUUUCUCCAGAUCGUCAAUUUCUGGCUAAGAAUGAAGACCCACUGGAUAGAUGGGCCCCAUGGAAAAUUCUCCCACUUCCACAGGACCCGUCCUUAUGUCCAGUUACUUCACUAAAAGCAUAUCUAAGUAGAACUGCCCUACGAUCUUCAGGCCCUCUGUUCAUUAGGGAAAAGGGAGGCACCAUUUCCUUAAAAGGAAUUAGGCAACAGAUUUUAUACUUUAUAAAACAAGCCAACCCGCAGUCCUUCCCACGGGUACAUGAUGUUAGAGCAGAAGCUACCUCUAUUAAUUAUUUUCAACACAUGAAUUUUGAUGAUCUGAAGAAGUACACAGGCUGGAAAUCUCCGACAGUAUUCAAGCGCCAUUAUCUUAAGUCCUUAGAAGCCCUUAAAUUUCCAGCAGUGGCAGCUGGAAACACAGUUUCCCCUGACACUGCUUAACUAGUAGUAAGUAGUUUACUUUCUAUCUCUCUUUCCUACCUGCCUCGCUAGCAUUCUUGCUGUAGCUCAGUUGUCAAUGUAGCCAUAUUGUACCUUGGAUGUCACAUAUUGUAUAUAGUACUUGUGAUGUUUCCUUUUGUUUUGUAUCUAGGAUUAGUCACACUUUGCAUUU